CUCGGCGCAUACUUCGCAGGCCGUCGGCUCACUUGAGUCGCUUCCGCAGGCAACCAUGUCGGCCCUCCGUUCGUGGUUCCGCGGCUCUGCGGCGGCGCCCAACCCCAAGCCCUCGUUGAAGUCUUCCAGUCCUGCCCAGAGCCCAACCGCUAGUACUGGGACGCUCAAUGGCAGGUCCAAGCCGCCGGCUACCCCCACCCAGCAGGAAGCGCGCGACAUCGAGGAUGCGAUGGCCGCCGCCGGGCUUAUCAUGAACGACGACAUUGAUGGAGCAGAAGCCCGGCUCCGCCUGCGCGAGGACUCUUCCACGUUCCACCAGCUUGGCCUGGGAGUUUCGACCUUCAUGAGGAGCAUCCUCGGCUUCGAGAAGGAUAUCAUGACGGAGGCGGCGACCCGGCUGACUGAAACGGAGAACAGGGCGUGGAGCGACAUGAAGAAGGAACAAAAAGCGGCCGAGAAGUCGGGCACCGGCUCCGGAGCUGGGACUGGUUAUUGGUACUCUAAGCCGGCGACUGCUACGCUAAAUGCUGCUGGGGACGGGGACGGGGACGAGCGCUGGAGCAAGAUCUACCCGCCCGGUUCCGAGUUCGCCCUCGUGCAAGCGGAGGCGCAACUGAUGAACGCCGUUGUGGGUGUCAUGCACGAAAGCCUGACGGAAGCGAUCAAGGGGUUCUACAAGCUGCGGAAAGCCUACAUUACGCUGGACGGCAUCAUCGAGGCGGAAGCGCGCUAUCUGAGCUCAAUAGGACAUGGGACAGAGAAGCGGAUAGCCUCUGCGAGGAAACCGAGCUUUUCGGAAGACCCGAUGCCGGGAGCCUUCGACGAGUCCGAGUUUGUCGAUUUGGAGGAGCCGCAAACGCCCAAAAUCCAGGGAACCGAUGAGGGUGAUGGAGAGUCGGUACAGGCUGUCAGAGAUGCCUCAGAGGCCCCAACCCGCGAAGAACGCAAGCCUGAUGUGGAACCAACGACAGAGCUUGAUGAGAAGCUGGCCGAGCUGUCCGUGGUCCAGGAUUUAGAGACAAUCCCUGUCUCACUCCCGCCCUCCAACCAUGGCUUGGAAAACGGAACACGAACGCCUGGCAGCAUCCACCUGGAUCAACUCAACACAUCCGGCGCCGAUAAAGGGCUGUUCAGGUCCACUGUCGACAUCUUUGUCCACAGCGGCGCAAACAUGUGUUUUGGCAUCCUCCUCCUCCUCCUGUCUAUGGUUCCUCCCGCCUUUUCCCGUCUACUGUACAUCAUUGGCUUCAAGGGUGACCGCGACAGGGGCAUCAAAAUGCUCUGGCAGUCCACCAAGUUUCCCAACAUCAACGGGGCCAUGGCCGGGCUAGUCCUCCUCAACUAUUACAACACCUUCCUCGGUAUGGCCGACAUCCUGCCGCCGGAGCACGACCUAGACGACACCGCCGCCGACUCGGACGGCAGCAACAGCAGCGGCACCGCCGACAGCGACAUUCCGACGAUCAGCUACCCAAAGGAGAAAUGCACCGCCCUGCUCGCCGCCAUGCGCGAGCGCUACCCUGACUCGCGGCUGUGGAAGCUCGAGGAGGCGCGCAUGCUGGCCAACUCGCGGCGGCUGGACGAGGCCAUCGCCCUGCUGGCCUCCAACACGGACAGCAAGAUGCGGCAGAUCACGGCGCUCAACAACUUCGAGCUGAGCAUGAGCUCCAUGUACGUGCUCGACUGGCCCGCCAUGCGCGACAACUUCCUGCGCUGCGUCGAGCUCAACAGCUGGAGCCACGCGCUGUACUACUACAUCGCCGGCUGCGCUGAGCUGGAGAUGUACCGCGACGCAGCGCAUGCGGCCCAGCAGGCCGGGGAGGACGUGGGGCCGGAAGAGAAGUCGGUCCUCCGCACCGAGGCGCAGAAGCACAAGCGGCUGGCGGAGGAGUACCUCCGCAAGGCGCCCACCGUGGCGGGGAGGAAGCGGUUCAUGGCGCGGCAGCUGCCCUUCGAGGUGUUUGUGUGCCGGAAACUGCAAAAGUGGGAGGAGCGCGCCAAGGCGCUGGGCUUGGAGCUCGCGGACGCGGUGGCGGUCAGCCCGGCCAUGGAGAUGAUCUACCUGUGGAACGGCAGCAAGCGGAUGCCGCCGAAGUACCUGGAGAAGGCCAGGGGCUUGUUGGCGUGGGAGCGGUGCACGGCUGCGCCGGACAAGCUGGCGAAGAUGAAGGAGGAGAAGGACGAGGUGGCUAUCGGGCUGCUGGCCGAGUCGGCGCUGUUGCGGCAGUUGGGCAGGGGCGCCGAGGCGAGAGCUUUGGUUGAGCCCCUGUUGGCCAUGGACAAGUCCGUCUUCAAGGGCUCGACGAGGGAUGAUUACUGCCUCGCGGCCGCGCACUACGAGAUUGCUGCGGUUGCCUGGAUGGGCGUCUGCGACCAAAACACAUGGCCACAGGGCAACGCCGACGAAGUCGGGGCAUUCCGACGGCAGAAGGCGGAGGAGUGCCGGCAGUACCUGGACAAGGUUUCGAAGUGGGAGGCCUUCGUGCUGGACGCCAGGUUCGGCUUGCGAGUCAAGGCUGGCAUCGAGACUGUCGAGUGGCUGAGAACGCGGAAGGGCUGGGCGUGAGGCGGCAGUAACGAAGCGCCAGGGCCCUGGCAUGGGCUUCCGUAGCCCCGCUCAUCAGAGCUGUCUGAUACAUGACUUGAACACAGCAUACGGGGGUGCAUUCAACACAUUAGAGGUACGGAUGACAUUGUACAUUACGGGCUUUUGGGUACA